AUGACACCGGCAAAGCACAAUCUCCCCCAGCGACUCCGUGUUGGAGUUGUUGGGAUUGGUCGAAUGGGGCGGCGCCACGCAAUCAACAUUCUCCAUGAGGUCCCACGGGCAACACUUCUUUGUGCUUGCUCUCCUGCAGAGUCGGACCUCGUGUGGGCGGAUGAGCAUCUCGUACCGCACGGGGUUCAUGUGGUUCCCACGUUUGAGGAGAUGAUCGAAACGCCCGGCUUGGAGGCGAUCAUCAUUGCUUCGGCUACCCAUCUACACACCUCGCAAACGACGGCAGCAUUGGAAAGAGGCCUACAUGUCCUCUGCGAGAAGCCAGUCUGCCAAACUCUAGACGAGCUCGUCGCCCUAGUUGAUAAGGUCGAAGUUAAUCCCCAGGCGAGGCUCAUGGUUGGGUUUGUACGUCGAUUCGAUACCAAUUACCAGCAGGCAAAGGAGCAAAUUAUGGAGAACAAGAUCGGACGACCCGUCGUGAUACGAUCGCAGGGUUGCGAACCUCUAGACGAGAGCGCUUACUACAAGCAAUAUCUUCGAGAUUCGGGCGGCAUAUUUGUAGACAGCAUCAUUCACGACAUAGAUCUCUCCCUGUUCUUCUUUGGGGAGGACUCUAAACCAAAGUCGGUCGCCGCUAUGGGUGUAGCUGCCGUCCACCAAGAAAUCGAGGCACACGGCGAUGCUGAUAACGGCGUGGGCAUUUGCGAGUUCUGGGACGGCAAGAUUGCUUUCUUCUAUAACUCGAGGACUACGGCACAUGGAUACGACAACGCGACUGAAAUAUUCGGGACACGGGGCAAGCUGUCAAUAAACUUGAUCCCUCGACACAAUGCCCUCGAGCUGUGCGACGAGGAUGGUUUCGUCAAGACAUUUGCCCACCCGGGCUGGUAUGAUCGCUACGCUUCCGCUUUUGUUGGUGAGGCGAAGGCAUGGGUAGCCGCUUUGCUUGAUGGGAAACCUCUUCCAGUUCCUUUGCGAUCCUCAUUGACAUCUCUCAAGAUAGCUACCGCACUCCAGCUGAGCUUAAGGACGGGCCAGAAAAUAUUUUUCGACAAGCAGGGUGUUCAGUUGGACUAUCAACCAUCA